UUUUCUUUUCUCUCAACAUACAAAUUUCAAUUCUCUUUCUCUUUUCAGCCCUUUGCUUCUUCUUGCACCAAAGCCAGACCAUAGAGAAAACGAAAGCAGAUUCACAAAAUUAAAAAAAAAAAAAAAAAAAACAAAUACAAAAGUUAACAAUGAGUCUUACCUCCUACCUUACAUUAACACAUUAACACACAAACCCUUUUCUUCAAUCCAACUCCACUCUUCUUCUUCCUCCUCAAGUUUUGACCUUUCAUUAUCUCAAUUUAACCCCACCAAGAAAAAUAUCAAAUCUUGCUCCUCAAUUCUUACUCAUAUUUGUUUCUUUCGUUGUCUCCAUUAAACCCCACCAACAAAAAUCAUAUCUUGCUUCUCAAUUCUUGCUAAAAAUUGUCUCUUUAAACAUGGCUGAAGUACUCCUAUCAUCACCUUCUCAUUUCCCUUCUUCUUCAAGCUCUUCCUCCACUCCAUGUGUUCCCAAUAAUUAUAACAACAACACCACCACCACCACCACCAAUGGUGGAACUUCACAAACCCUACAUGAUAUAGUUCAAGAAAGAGACCAAGAAGACCAAGAAGAAGAGGAAACAGGGGAGAGGAAAGAGAGGGAAAGAAGUGAGGGAGAUCAGCUGUCACUUUUGGCAUUAUUGGUGACUGCUUUUAGGAAGUCUUUGGUCGGUUGUAGUAUCAGUAAAGAGCUUUGUUCAAUGGAGAUUGGGUUGCCCACCAAUGUUAGACAUAUUGCACAUGUUACUUUUGAUAGGUUUAAUGGCUUUCUUGGCUUGCCUGUUGAGUUUGAGCCUGAGAUUCCCAGGACGCCCCCCAGUGCCAGUGCAAAUGUUUUUGGAGUUUCGACGGAAUCUAUGCAGCUUUCAUUUGAUUCACGAGGGAAUAGUGUGCCUACAAUAUUGCUGCUGAUGCAAAGGCACUUGUAUACCCAAGGAGGCCUGCAGGCAGAAGGAAUUUUCAGAAUUAAUGCUGAGAACAGCCAAGAGGAAUAUGUUAGGGACCAAUUAAAUAGAGGAGUUGUACCAGACGGCAUUGAUGUGCAUUGCUUGGCAGGUCUCAUAAAGGCAUGGUUUAGAGAACUUCCAACUGGGGUCCUGGACUCCCUUUCACCAGAGCAGGUAAUGCAAUCCCAGUCAGAAGAAGAAUGUGCUCGGCUUGUGAGACUCCUUCCACCAACAGAAGCUGCUUUGCUGGAUUGGGCGGUAAAUCUAAUGGCAGAUGUUGCACAAUUGGAACAUUUGAACAAGAUGAAUGCACGCAAUGUGGCAAUGGUGUUUGCUCCAAACAUGACUCAAAUGUCAGAUCCUUUGACAGCAUUGAUGUAUGCUGUCCAAGUGAUGAAUUUUCUCAAGACUCUUAUCAUUAUGACAAUUAAAGAGAGGGAAGACUCCAUGGUAGAAUCAGGAAGAGAUUCCCGCCCAGAGCCCUCUGAUGAGAAUGGGCACCAAAGCUUAUUACGACCAUAUCCUGAGGAUACCCACAACAAGUCCUGCAAGGGUAAUGAUGAGUACAAAGUGUUUGUUUCUGUAGACCCUGCUUUGGAGAGCCCGUCUCACCCCACUCAGCUUAAUGCCAAUGGAUCUCAGUACUUCCUAGCGUCAAUCGAGAACAUCAUUGCCACAGGAAACCGUACUCUGGUUGAUAAUUGUCCUUGUGAGGUUGUAUCUCAAGUUAACUCCUUAGCAAAUGGACUUCAAGAUGGUAACUUUUCAGGUUUGAGUGGAGGGGUUCAAACCAGUAUUUGCAAGAACAGAACUGGUCAAUCUAGUGCAUUAAGUGUACGGAGAAAUUCUAAGAAGCUCACUGAGCUGUCAACAAUUGCGGAAUCUGGACCUGUAGAGAAGAGCAAGGGAGCCAGUAUUGUUGGCCGAAUAAAUUCAAGGACUGAGCUCUUUGAAGCUUGGCGGUGAAGGGCUGUAAAUGCUUGUAGCAUUGA